GUCCUCUGCUGCAAUUACGCGCACAGGUAACUGUGAAGGAAGCCAGGAACCAUAACCCGGUUUUCCCAGAACGCACUUUUGUCUCAAAAUGGAAGAACUAGCGGUCGAAAUACGAGGGAGUAACGGUGCUUUUUACAAGGGAUAUAUAAAGAAUAUUCAUGAUGAAGAAGUUACUGUUGCUUUUGAAAAUGAUUGGCAGCCCCCUAGGACAGUCAAGUUAACUGAAGUUCGUCCAACACCAAAUAAACUCACAGAUAAACAAGAAUAUAAGGAAGGAGACCAAAUUGAGGUUUUAGCAAAGACACAAGAUGAUGAGGCAUUGGGUUGGUGGAUGGCGAAGAUUAAGAUGUUCCGUGGAGAGUUUGCAGUGGUGGAAUAUGUUGGCUGGGAUAAAACAUACUCUGAUAUUGUACCUAUGGAAAGAUUACGGCCCAUAAAUGAUUUAUGUCCUAUAACCAAAGAUAGUUUCUUUAAACAUGUAAUAGAAAUUCCACCUGAUUUACAUGAAAUAUGUGCAGAUGAACAAUCCCACGUUGAGUUUAAGAAACAUGUUGGUGGGUCGUGUAUUUUAUUUAGUGCCGAACAAUCAGCUUUGAUUAUUUUAUCAACCAGUUCUACUGUGAUACAUAGAGCUUCCAUGAUGGGAGAUAUGCAUAUUAGAAAUUUACGUCAAAAAAGUCUGUUACGACAGCGAACAGAAGAAGCUGUAAAAAAAUUACAGGAGUUGAACAUGUACAUUCAGAGUACAAAGAUAAAGAGUGGUCAUGUGGAAGAGUUUAGUGUGGAGGAAUCAUUGAUGGGGCUGGCUAUAGGCACGCAUGGGGCUAAUAUUAUGCAAGCACGGAGAAUUGAGGGUGUAACAGGAAUAGAACUUAAUGAAAGUACAUGUACAUUUAAAGUACAUGGAGAGUCUGAGGAUGCGUGUAAGAAAGCUCGUGCCAUGUUAGAAUAUGCUGAAGAUACAUUUCAAGUUCCGAGGGACCUUGUAGCUAAGGUGAUAGGAAAGAAUGGGAAGAACAUUCAAGAUAUUGUAGAUAAAUCUGGUGUAGUGAGAGUAAAGAUUGAAGGUGAUAAUGAGAGAGAUGCUCCCAGAGAGGACGGUCAAGUGCCAUUUGUGUUUGUGGGAACUGUUGAAAAUAUAAAUAAUGCUAAAUUACUACUGGAUUAUAAUCUGGACAGUUUAAGGGAAGUUGAAAGGUUACGGCAAGAAAAAUUAGAGAUAGAUCAACAGCUACGUACCCUAGCAGGGCCUCAAUCUGGACCUUACUUCCCUGGUCCAAGAGAAAGAAGGGACAGCAAUGACCCAUAUUCCAGUGACAGAGAACAUGACAGGAGGGGAGGUUACAGAGGGGGUAGGGGUCGUGGGCGAGGUCGAGGAAUGAGAAGAUUCAACGAUAGAUUUACAGAUGAUGCAGAGAUGCACGUUGGAGUUGGUGAUUGGAACAAUGAGGUUGUGAAAGAAGAACGUAGACAGUCUGGUUAUCUUACCGACAGUAUUCUUAGUCGCGGAGGUCGUGGUGGGUACAGAAGCCGAGGCCGACCUCGAAUUCCAAGAGGUCGUGGGGGUUAUUCAUCUAAUAGAAAUUCAGAUUACGACGGCUGGUCUCAUUAUCCACCUAGACAUACUAGAGAUACCAGUUAUAGAACGUCAUAUGACACAGAUGAUCGUUAUGAUCGUACAGAUAGAUCCCGUCGUCGUAUGACAGAUGAUGAUGACACCGUCCUAGAUAAUGCUAGCGUCAAUAGUCAAGAUCAAGACUACAGUGACAGUCGGUCUGGUACGGAGCGUCGCCGUAGAAGAAGACGUAUGAGACCAGGCAGAGGUAACAGUAGUGCAGCUUCCGGUACUGAGACCGACACAAGUGUAUCUAAUUAUCCCCGUGGUGCUUCAUCUAACCGUGGUAAAGGAGCUAAUUCUAGGAAUGAUGCACGAAACGAAUCUCCAGUCCCCAGUCCUAAGGCGGCCAACGGUGAAAGUCAAAAUGAGUCGGCACCCAAGGAACAGCGAGACUCUAGAAGGGGUGGAUUCAAUAACAGACCUCCAAUGAGGAAUGGUAAUGGAGGAGCACCUAGGAAUUCCCAGCAGAAUGCUGGAGAUGCAGAGAAUAAAGGGGGGAAAGUCAGCCAUGAAACGUUACCACCUUCUGGAGCUGGUAAAGAGCAGAUGGUCAACGGACAAAAUUGAGUUCUUCAAAGUUGUGAUUUACAGACAAUUUAUUUAAAUUGUUCAUGAAUAUUAUCCAACUAAUUUAUUCAAUUCAGAAAGUGUUCGCUAUAAAUUCAUUGGCUGAUUUUAGAAUGUAGAAUAAUUAGACAAGAAGAUGAAACCAAUAGAAGACAGUGCUGUACGAGGAUUCGCUUGAUUAGCAGACGGUAAAGAAUGUGGAACAUGUUCCAUUGCGUUUCACAUUUCUUAACCGAACAAUGACAAUUUCUCAUGAUUUAUGACACCAAUGCUGAACAUGACCAAUGCAAACCUUGAAAAAGACAUUUAACCCAUCAGUGUAACAUGUCAUCUCUCAGCCUUAAUAUGUAACAUCGGCAACAUGGACUUAAAAUAGUAAAACACUUUUUCUUACAAAGGAUGAAAUACUCUUUGGAAAAGGAUAGGUAAAAGCUUUCAGAAAAAAAGAUAUCUGCAAGUGAUGAUGCAUAUUUAUCAGAAAAGACCAGAAAUAAGACACAAAAUGCAGAAACAAAAUAAGAAACAGAUAAAAAUAUGGCCUGAGUGAAAUAUUUGAUGCUUUUAGACAAAAGCAUAAUUGUACAGAAGUUAAUUCAAGUAAAGACAGAAAAUGUUUUUUU